AUGGCAUUUGUGUAUUGGUAUGCUCUCGUCCUUGUUGAAAAUAAUGAAAUUACUUCGAACCGUGUUAUAAUGGUCUGUUCUUUUGCUGUUUUUUCGAUACAAGCACUAGGACUUAUCGGAAUGAAAUCUUGGCGUAUCGGCGCAUCAAUCUCAGCUGCUGAAACGUUUUUUAAUUUAUUUGAUCGAAAAUCAUCUAUCGACAAUACAUCUAAUGAAGGACAAGAAUUGGUUAGCUUUCAUGGUGAAAUAAAAUUUGAUCAAAUUUCAAUUGAAUAUCAAACCAAUCAACGUGUGGCUCUUGUUGGUGCUUCUGGACGUGGAAAAUCAACAAUAAUUCAACUGUUAGAACGAUUCUAUGAUGUUACUAGUGGUCAACUACUGCUUGAUGGUGUUGAUAUUCGACAACUGAACAUUCAAUGGGUUCGUUCUCAUUUUGGCCUUACUUUUGAAACAAAAGUAGGAUUGAAAGGUAGUUUUCUGUCAGGUGGUAAGAAACAGCGUAUUGCUAUUGCUCGAGUUCUUCUUCGUCAACCUAAAGUAUUGUUAUUAGAUGAAGCUACAAGUGCUAUGGAUUCACACAAUGAACAAAUUGUAGAAGAAGCCCUUGAACAAGCUCAAACAGAAGAUCCUAGUCGAAUAUCACUUAUUAUGGCUCAUCAUCUUUCAACUAUUCGUUCAUGUGAUUUGAUUUGUGUACUAGAUAGAGGACAUAUAGUUGAAAGUGAUACACAUACAGAAUUGACACAACGACAUGGUGUUUAUUAUAAAAUGGUUGCUCAAAACACUUUACAAUAA